GUGCGCCUUCAAUAGAGAGGUUUUAAAGAAGAGGAAUGGUUUGCCAAAUUUUGAUUUUCUUUAGCAAAGAAAACUAUGAUUAGCUGGGGUUAGUCAAGAUAUGUGAGAUGUACCACAUAUUCUUUGAGAUCUCUCUCUCUUCUUAGACAAUGCUCAUACGAAUUCCAAUGGUAUGAUAGCACCGAUUCGAUUUCCCACAACAGAAUGGAUAUCACUCACUACCCAUCAAAUACAAUGUAUAAAAACACAACAAUCCAAUUGAUCAAUAUAAGCGAGGCUACUUGUCCACUCCCCUAGUGACCUAAAGCAGCAUCAAAGUAAGCAUGACUGACGCCUAGAGCUUCCGAACACCACAUCAUCAAUAAUCCAUCUCACACAAUCCCAAUCUCCAUCCCAACUCCAUAGAUACCAAAUCCAAAAACCACCAUGUCUCUCUGUCCCCAAUGUAACUCCAUCGAUCUCACAGACCCGCAUGCCGAUAUACUUCUCGGUCCUUAUACUUCCCUGCUCGAGAAAAGUCAGCGGAUUAUUGAUCCUGCGACUUCUUCUUCUUCUUCUUCUUCUUCUUCUUCUUCGACUCAUUGUGAAGCAUGUCUCUACUUCAUAACUAUCCUCCAUCAUUCUUCGCUUUACGCGAAUCGCAGAGAGGAAUUACAAAAUAAGAUUGUGUUUUUGUAUAUGCAUGGUUUGGAUGUGAGGGAUGUGGGUAGAGUUGAGAAGAAGAGGUGGGGGAGGAUGGAUAUGCGGUUUGAUGUUUGUGCGGGAGAGGACUAUGAGGGGGAACUGGGGGGAGGAAGGUUGGAUAAUAAGGGACAGGAUCAUUUACCUGUGGAUCGGGUGAGGAAGGUUCCGCAUAGUUUGGAUGGGCGAGAUGGGUUGGAUGGGAUUAAAGAAUGGAUGAGGGAUUGUGGGAGAAAUCACGAAGUUUGUCGCUCUCCUCGAAAUGGGGUUGAGAUUCUACCGAAAAGACUUGUUAGGAUAUCAAGUGAUGUUGAAGUUCCUCCGAUGCUUGUCGAGACUUCUGGGUUGGCAUCUAUAGACUAUCUCGCAUUGAGCGCUCGUUCCUUUGAGGAGACGCAAAACACCAGGGAAGGUCCCACAUUGGAAACCCUCUCUAUCUUAGACACAGCAGGAAAGUCUUUAGAUCCAAGUUCGCUUCCUAAAGCCUUUGCAGAUGCAUUUACUAUUACUCGAGGCCUAGGAUUUGAGUACAUCUACAUCGCCGCUCUCUGUCACGUGUCAGACGAUCCACUCACUCUCAUAUCAAUCUUCAGCCAAGCAACUCUCCUUCUAUCCGCCGAUAACGUACAAUCUCCCGCCGAAGGCUUGAUACAAGAAAGAGCGAUAUUCAAUUCUCCUCCCCUCGGUAUCAACAAAGAUCGCUAUCUCCGCCUGAGCUGUCUCCGCAACCACGCAGAUCUCGAUUCCUCUCCUCUCUCAACAUCAGGCUGGGCACUUAUUGAGCGAAUGCUCGCACCCCGAGUGUUGCAUUUCACAAAACGUCAGUUGAUCUGGGAGUGUGCCGAUGGCUGGAAAUUCGAAGCGUCGAAUGUCGAAGAUAAACAGUACGGAAGUGGCAUGAUCCGAGGCACAUAUCAGAAACCCCUCACGCAACCUUACGUGACGGAAUAUCUUUCUCGCGCGCCGGGACAUCUCUCAGAACCCACUGCAGGAGAUAAUACCCAGCACUCAAACCUAGACGAAUACGCACAGAGAUUAGAAACCUGGUACCAAAUCAUCUCCACCCUCUCCAGCAGCACCUUCCGCUCUCCCCUCGACAAAUCCCCAGCCCUCUCACUCCUCGCAAAAAUCAUAGACAACGACACAUUCGGCCACAAUCUCUCUGGGGUCUUCUCAAAAGAUAUCGCAUACGGACUCGCAUGGGCCCGCGUAAAUUCUCUGCUCACUCCAGAUCGGGACGUCCACGCCCCAAGCUGGAGUUGGGCUAGUGUACACGGAUCGAUUUCGCAUAUGUAUACUAGCUACCCCCCUUCGAUUCUGCAUAGACGCGCUGUUCAUUCUUCUUGGAUCGAUACGUAUACCCCGCACCUUGUACCACAUGAUCCCUCGUCCUCGCUCUCCCAUCCAUCAUCAUCAUCAUCAUCCCCCACAAACACAAUCUCACUCUCGCUUCACCUCCAAGCCUCCCUCACAAGCCUCCUCCACCUCUGCGAAUACUUCCAGCCCGAAUUCCCCCAAUACACCAUCAAUCUCGCGCUCGAACAAUCCCCCAUCUUCGAUUGUCCAUGCUGCGGACCCCGAAGUGACGACGUGCAGAAUUCCGGCAUGGGCGAAUUUGAAAAACGGAAAGAUCACUAUUUCGCCAUGUAUCUCGCGGGAGACUUGGAUUUUGAGUCCGAGGAUCCGGAUCAGUGGAAGGUGAGUCGGGUUGCGGACUUGCUGGUUUUGAGAGAGGUGGAGGUGGAGGAAGAGGCGGAGGGGGGAAUGGUGGGGAGGAGGGGUGGAGAUGGAGAUGGAGAUAGAAACAAGGUUAUUGUCAGGGAUGGAAUUGUAACGUAUGAAAGAGUAGGACUUUUGAGAUUGAACUUUACAGCGUUUGAGAAAUCGGAGGUUGAUGAGGUGUCCAUACAGGAGAAAUUCGACGGGGUGGGAUGGGAGAGGAAAACCAUCAGGCUAGUCUGAAAGAUAUCGGGAUUUCCUGAGGUGCUAGAGCACUUGAGAUAAUAUAAUAUAAUACACA